UGCAAAAGUAAACAGUCAACUCGCGAUGCAUUUGUGUUUUCGAUAGAUUUGUGAAAUCGGUGAAAACUGUUUCGUUUAAAAAAAGGUUGUAAUUCUAUAGUUUUCAGUGUAAUAUCAUAACCGUUCGUGAAAAUGAAGGACUCCGAUGAUCUGGAACUACAAAUCAAUGCCGACGAAAUGUGCCGCACUUGUUUGGGCCAGUUUCCCGUAAGUCAACUGAAGCCGAUUUUCUGCAACGAAAUCCUGGAUGGCAAGAUUAUCUCGUUCCCCAAAGUGUUGGAAUCCACCGUUGGUGUGAAGCCAGCAAAGAAUGAAGUAUUUCCGAAGAACGUUUGCGUCGACUGCAAGAGCAAAUUGAAGGAGCUGUUUUCCUUCAAAGAGAAGACGUCGAAGUCGUUCGAUUUGCUGUACGAAAUAUUUGGUAUUGCCAAACCGCCAGCUCCUCAACCUUUGAAAAAAGAACUCAAUGCUGCAGACACACAGACCAAUGAAUUGAUCAUCCAGGAAGCAGAUUUGGAAUCGUACAAAUUUCUGACGAUAGCCAGAACCCCAAAACCGGCCACGAACGACUCGGCUUGUCAAGUUGGUCCAAACACGGAGGAAUCGACGUGUCAAACAGAAUCGUUUUCCGACGGGAAAAAGGAUGCCUACACGCAGGUCGAUCCUCCGUUGCCACCACAUGAGUUACUUCCGGUUGAAGAGGAAAACAUCAGUCAAACGGCCGCGUCCCCAUUUUAUGUGGAAGAAGAGACGGAACUUGACGACGAGGAAUGCUUUAGCCAGGUGGAUGUGAUUGACGAAGUCGUAGAGGCGGACAAUAUUCUGGACGAUACGGACCUAGACCUCGAUGAGCAUGAAAUGCCGGAGCUGCUGGAGCAGGAAGAGUUCAAAUUUGAUGAAAAAUCAAGCAGCAAGUCAAGUAAUCGAGACAAAGUUGAGCAAGACAUUGAAAACGAAACCAUUGAAUACCUGACCUAUGAAGUCAUUCGAGAAGUAGAAAAUGAAUCGGAACCUAACUCUGACGAAAAUAUCUCCUCAGCUACAGCUAAACCAAAAAAUGAGCACAAAUGCACCUAUUGUCAGUUUGUUACGAGCGUAAAAAAAGCUUUCAAUGAUCAUUAUGCCAUUCACAAGAAGACUAUUGAAACGAUUUUCGAUAGAGUAGAUUACCAUCGAUGCACCAACUGCAAAUUAGUUUAUCCGACGACGGCAGCAUUGGAAACCCAUCUCAACACUGAAGCAUGCACUGCAAUAGAUCGAGAAGAUUUCGAAGAGUCCACCGAUGCAAUCGUACACGAAGAGUUCUACAAUAUGGGAUUGGAUAUUUGCCUGCCAAGAAUGAAGACUUUCCACACAAACGAAAGCUCAAAAGUCGUUUGUGGUUUGUGCAGCUUGGAAUUUGAUUCACUAUCCAGUGGCCUGGAGCACUACUCUUCGACGCACGAAUUUGAAGAAACAAAUUCGGAAGACGCCAGUCGCAUUUGGAACGCAUACGGAUACGACCAAAUCCACAGAUGUGGUAUAUGCAAUGAUCAAUUUUCGGAUGCAAGCUUCAUCAGGCAACAUGUUUACUUCCACAGGUCCAGGUACGAUUGUCCCUUCGAUUGCUCUAGCACGUUCCGGGAUUUCUUCAAGUUAACUGUUCACUUGAAUCAAGCUCAUCUAACUAAGAAAGCUGGCUCGUUUGUGGAAACAAAGGCGUCGCUGCAGCCCGAUAUGGUCUGCCAAAUUUGCUUCAAAAGGUUUACCUCCGAAGCAUCGUUUAAGGUGCAUACAAAGAACCAUUUCGCAAACCGUCGCUACACAUGUUCCAUGUGCCCGAAGGCGUUCCUGCAGAAAUGCGACCUCACCAUCCACAUGCGGUCGCACACCGACGAACGUCCAUUCUCGUGCACCGUCGAAGGAUGCGACAAGAGGUUCCGCACCUCAAGCCAUCGGCGGGACCACAUGUCUACGCAUGCUGAAGAGAAAAAGUACCAAUGCGAUAUCUGUCUGAAGCACUUCAAAGCGGAAAGAAUUCUCCAGGGUCACAUUAGGCUACACUCUGGAUUUAAACCCUUCGAAUGUUCUGAAUGUGGAAAGACAUUUAGUCGGAAGCAUCACGUAAAGUUACACAUGAAGACGCAUGUCAAGAAUAUAAAGUUCGAAUAAUCAACAGCAGCAAUGUUGGAGAACUCUUAAAUUCUCAUAUCUCAUGUUUGAGAAUCUUUGUGUUUAAGCAAUCAGAAGUGAUUUAUUAUUUGCUAGAAACACAAGAAAACUAUCCCACAUUAGCAACACACCUUAGUUUUAUAGGAAUUUUAGACGAAUUUCAUGGAUGAAUCAUUCUUGACAGCGCUCCCGUUCGCUUUGGGAAUAAGAUCUCAAACUGAGAAUGAGAAUGAGUUCACCAACACUGAUCAACAAUACAGGUAGGUUAAUCUCUCUAUCGUUAAGUAAAAUGAUGUUAUUCACAACCUCUGA